CAAAAAAAAAUGUCAAGGGAAGUCUCCAGGGAAAGGGAAAAGUUCUUUCUACAUCAUUCCUGGUGUUUGGUGUCGGGAUCUAGGCAUCAUUUCCCUCCUAUCUUGAGACGCUUGCUGGCCCCACUCUUCACUUUUUCCAUGCCCUAAUCUCACUUCACUCUGGUCUUUCUCCCUACAGUUGUUAGGUAGCUACUCAGCAAUCCUGAUGAGGAGCUUCCAGACUAACACCUCAAGCACCAUUAGCUUCAUACUCACGGGCUUUCCAGAGAUGGAGAGUCUGGAGCGCUGGCUAAGUGGCCUCCUGCUGCUGCUCUAUGCUAUCUCCAUUGUAGGCAAUGCCCUCAUUCUCUUCAUCAUAAAGGAGGAACAGAGCUUGCACCAGCCAAUGUACUACUUCCUGUCCCUUCUGUCUGUCAAUGACCUGGGAGUGUCCUUUUCUACUUUGCCCACAGUGCUGGCUUCUACGUGUUUUCAUGUUCCAGAGAUCGUCUUUGAUGCCUGCUUGGCCCAGAUGUUCUUCAUACACUUCUUUUCCUGGACAGAGUCUGGGAUUCUGCUGGCCAUGAGUUUUGACAGGUAUGUGGCCAUCUGUAACCCUUUGCACUAUUCCUCAGUGCUCACUGACACCCGUGUGGCCCACAUGGGUAUGUCUAUUGUUGUCCGUAGCUUCUGCAUGGUCUUUCCACUCCCUUUCCUACUGAAGAGGCUGCCCUUCUGUAAGGCCAAUGUUCUGACCCAUUCCUACUGCUUGCACCCAGACCUGAUACGCCUACCCUGUGGAGAUACCACCAUCAAUAGCAUGUAUGGUCUGUUUAUUGUCAUCUCUGCCUUCGGUAUAGAUUCAGUGCUCAUCCUUCUCUCCUAUGUGCUCAUUCUGCGCUCUGUGCUGGCCAUUGCCUCCCGGGAAGAGAGGUUCAAGACACUCAACACAUGUGUGUCACACAUCUCUGCUGUGCUUAUCUUCUAUGUGCCCAUGAUUAGUGUGUCAAUGGUCCACAGAUUUGUAAAGCAUGCCCCAGAGUAUGUGCACAAGUUCACAUCCCUGGUAUAUCUCUUUGUGCCUCCAAUGCUCAAUCCUAUUAUCUAUUCCAUCAAGACAAAGGAGAUUCGUAGGAGGCUGCACAAGAUGCUGUUGGGCACCAAGUUCUGAUUGGAGAUGCAUUUUCGGGAACACUACAUAACUUAGACAUUUUUGCUUUUGUUGAUGUUUGAAUGUAUCAAGAGAGUCUGUGGACCUUUAAAUAUGUGUAUUUUUAGCUACAUUUGGGAGUACGCAUUGCUUACAAGACAUAGCUGAGACACAAUCUGCAACUCAAAACACCAUGUAACUAAUUAGGGAAUAGUUUGCUGCAAAUUAAUUCUCUCCAAUCAAACAAGAAAAAGGCUCUUGAGUUAAAUCUUGCUUGGUUUCAAUAUACCAUUAAUACCUAAAAUUCAAGUAAUAUAAAAGUAAGUUCACUCAUAUAUAUAAUGUAUACAUACAUACAUACAUACACAUAUAUCUGAUGUUAUCUGAUAAAAGAAGAACAGUUUGGGGUAUCUUUGAACCUUAAACUUUCGAGUUAUACAGUAGCUAUUUGACCAUGGUGACAUAUGCUAUCAUCACUCAGGCACAACUAAGGGGAAGAUUAACUUUCUCCUAAGAAGCUAAUAGGAACACUGAGUGGAAGAUGAACUGAUAUUAGUGACUAGUGGAUGGGGAAGUACCCUUCAUAAACCAUGGCAGUGUGGUCUACAUUCUACUGCCGUAUGUGUUUAUGUUCUUCAAUGAGUGGCUCCUCCCAAAGACCACAACAGAGACAAAGACAGAUGCCAGGGAAGUCACAGGAUCACAGCUGUGAAAAGUCCGAAACCAUCUAAGAGCCACAAAUGUGAGCACAGUCCGUAUGAUAUAGGCACUGGUAGAAUUAAGUACAGUGGGCUGGAGACGUCCACCAAACAGUGAACAGGGGAUCUGGUAAGUCAGACUUGAAGGAGAGCAAUGGAGAAAUCAGAUACUUUGGGCAGAAGUCUUUUAAAAGUGGUAUCUCUUUACAUUUUCCUUGUAAGACGGUGAAAUAAGUUUUAGAAAGCAAAGCUAUAUGAGCCAAGUAACAGUACCUAAACAAAACAAACAGUGACCUAAACAAAAGAGAGCAUGCACUUGCAUUGCCCCUAAAUGCCCAUUUUGAAUGCAAAUUAAGUGACAGAAAUGUAAAAUAAAAACCUACAUAUAAUACAGUGAAGGUAAUAGAGAUAGAGAUAUGCUUAUUUCCAACUAUAGGCAAAUAUAUUUCAAGAAGGAAUUUCAGUAGAAGGAUGGUAAAACAAGGAGAGAAGCUUACUGGUUUUAAAGUCUCAGAGACAUGAGAUGUCUAAGUACUGUCAUCAUUGCCCCAAGUCUCUGCCAAUCACAAAGAUGCUUAGCAAAAGAGCUCUUUCAAAACAACGCAGACUAAACCUGGAGUAAAGCACAUUAAGUGAAAGAAAGAGGGCGCUGUGCAAGAUAAAGAAGGCUCUGAAAGAGAGUAGCGGGAGUAUAGGGAGUCAGGAGAAGAGAGUGCUGUAGUUUUGUAAGAUGAAGGCUGGCUUGGAAGCAACACCUGGAGAUUAGGCUGGAGAAGAGAUGGGGUGGAGUAUCCUCCAGAGCACAGAACACAGUCAGCUUGGACUCACAAACAUGCUACAGAAUAAACAGAAAACAAAACCAGCCAAAAUUCUUCUCUCCCAAGAAUCUUUGGGAUCAUUGCAGAAGCCAACUUUGUUAGUAUUUGGAGAGAAGAGGAAAAGAAAAGGCAA